AUGGAUAUACUCGACAUCGCUGACGAGCCCGUCAACGACGAGCGUAUCGUAAAAUAUGAGAUGCACACGUACAAUCCGUACGCUAACACAACGUUGGGACACAGCGACGAGAUACGAAUACCUAUACAACAACAGGAUUUAUACACGUUGCCGUGUGAGAGUUUUCUCUACAUUGAAGGAAAACUUGUUACUCCUGCCGAUGAGAAUAGAGAUAACGUGUGUAUAAUAGGAAAUAAUUGUGUCGCGUUCAUGUUUGAUGAAAUGCGAUACGAGCUCGACGGAGUUGAAAUCGAUCGUAACAGAAACGUUGGAAUAACGAGCACGAUCAAAAAUUAUAUAUCGCUGACGACGGAGAAGAGCAAGAUGUUGAAGCAUGCAUCGUGGAAUCCGAAUGGAUAUCCGUUGAUCGAUGGAAACUUUAAUUUUUGCGUUCCGCUCAAUACUCUUUUGGGAUUCUGCGAGGACUAUAAACGGAUUGUAAUCAACGUUCGUCACGAACUUGUAUUGAAACGAUCGCGCAACGAUAACAAUUGUCUCGUUGGACGAGUCGGUACGAAUCCAACGAUUGAACUACUCAAGAUGCAGUGGCGAAUGCCGCACGAUCUGUACAAAUUUUCUCUGCUGCAGAAUACAACGAAGCAUUCCUGGGCGGUCAAAGCCGCGACGCAAUUGGAAAAACCGAGAUACGUAAUCUUUGCUCUCCAAACCGGUCGAAAAAAUGUACUGUCUGAAAACGCUGCGGAAUUUGACGCUUGUAAACUCACCAAUAAAUCGAUACGCUAUACUGUACUGAUGUAUGCGCGUUUCCGCAAAGCUUAUUACGGAUUCGAUAAUACGUAUUUGGACAUAGAUGAUUUUUUGAAAGCCGGUCCGUUCGUAGUCAUAGAUUGUUCGCGACAAAACGACUCUGUCAAGAGCGCCACCGUUGACGUGCGAAUAGAAUUUGAUUGUAAAGAAAAUAUACCGGCCAACACCACCGCCUAUUGUCUCAUUAUACACGAUCGAAUGGUUGAAUAUAAUCCACUGAACAACAUUGUGCGCAGACUCGUAUGA